CAAAAAUUCCCUUUUCGACAAAUUUGCGAAGCUGCUACUUGAGAAGUGGCGGAUAGAGUGCGCCACAGACCCAAUGUCAUAGCAAGUCAAAGUGUAAUAACAUUGAAACAGCUGAUGUAAACAAAGUGUAACAAAACCCAAAUUGAUUCAAUAACUUGCAAGAAAGUGAAUGAAUUUCAAUCCGGCUGAUAUCAGCGAGAGUAUGAGAAAGAGGAAGCGCGGCAACAAAAUUGUACCAGAGCCAGAUUGGGGCCCAAACAACCCCAACGUCACCAAGUUCCUGCCCUAUCAUGGGGCCUACAUUCAGCUAUCUGAGAACAAUACCGUUGCCUGCCGAAACAAGUCGUUUGCCAAUUCUAUAACAUUUAGCGAAAGACCGCUUCAGCCCGGCGAGAUAUUUCUUGUGGAGAUUGAGCAGAACGAGUCUGGAUGGAGUGGACAUAUGCGGCUCGGUCUCACCCAGUUGGAUCCAUUGGAAAUGUAUAGGAGACAGUCAAUACCGCAAUAUGCACUGCCUGACUUGGUCGAUAUGGGCAAGUCGUGGAUAUACGGUAUCAGCAAAGCGCACAAUAACAUUCUAGAAUACAUGCUGGAUACACGCGUGCUAGGUGUGGACCAAGGAUACAUGUAUGUUAAAUAUGGAAACAGGCCGGAGUUCAACAACUACAAUUCGCAUAUCGAGACAUGCAGGGGCUCAGUGCCAGUCAGCUUACUGAAGCCCACUAGAGGCUGUGAUGACAUCUUGCCCACUGAUAUGGGGUCCCGAAUAGGAGUGAUGUAUAUUCCAGUAGAUGAUAAGGAAGCGGAAAUGCACUAUAUUAUUAACGGCGUCGACAUGGGCACGUGUGCAAAGCAUAUUCCGUACAAAAACACACCUUUACACGUAGUUGUGGAUGUGUAUGGAACCACAAAAAAGGUCAGAAUAAUCCAGUUAUAUCACGUUUCAACCUUGCAAGCUGCCUGUCGAGACGUUAUCUUGCACCGAAUGAACAAGCGCGACAUUCCAGCUCUGCCGUUGCCAAAACUAUUAAAGGACUAUUUACAAUAUGGAACGUAAAUGUGAGCUUACGGGACGGAUUUAUAGGAGCAAAGCCCUUACAACCGAACACACGUGCUUGCAUUUCUGUUAUAUGUAUAUCCCAAUUAAUACUGGCUUGAUUACUGUGUAGCUGUCGUCUCUAGGUACGUUCAAUACAUACACAUACCUUGUAUAGAUUGUAAGGCUUCGAAUAGCUUGUGGCCUGGUUGGGUCCAAUUGCAAAUGGUCUCGAAACUUUAUUUAAUUAUAAAAAUUACAUUUCA